CGCCCCUCCAGUAAUUAAUCUAAGACAUGACCUGUGCAAAUAAAUUCUAAUUCUUAAUUAAAUCUCUCGCUGUUAUACUAGAUACUUCAUUUAGAUGUCUUUGUAUAUGAUCUGCAGCUGGAGUAAUUAUUAGUUUGAUCAGAACAAAGGAGGCGUUGGAGGGGAGUCUGCACCAGCGAUUGUUUCACGGCCACCGGGAAAAUGUUGAGAGAUGCAAUGGCCUUGUGAGGAUUUGCGGUCUCGUUUGCAGCAUGCAUGCAGGAAGAAUAAAUGUAGGGAAUAUUAGAGUGCUUGAACCACAGAAACACAAUUCUAAGAAUUAAGCAUCGUUGAAAUUCAAGCACAAGGAUUACAAACAUGCAAGACACUGUAAUUCUUAGUUUGGCAGUUUCCUUUCUCCAACUCUAUCGGCAGAGAAUUUAGCAAUUGCUGUAUGCUCACGGUACACAACCUGUUAAAUGGCCAGGGGGAAAAUUCAUGGUAAAUCUGGCAAGGGUAGUAACCAGAUCAUGGAAAAUUCAAAGAUGCAGGAAAGCCCUAGAACCUUUUUGAAGCGCAGGCUUGAUGAGGAGAAUGAAAAAAAUGAUCCUUCAACUCCAUUCAAUAAAAGGCGAAGUCUGGACAGCAAUCCAGCAAAUUGCAAUUCAGAAGUCUGUAUCUAUUCAAUCGAUAAGGUUUGUAGCCCUCGGAAGGGAGAGUUUAAGCGCCGCCUCUUUGGAAGUGAAAAAAAUGGAGACAAUUGGAAAACUCGAUAUUUGAGGAGUAUGGGAAAGCUUACGAACUAUGUGGAAUUGCCAAUCGGAGGAAGAGGUGGUCAGAAGCAUGGUAAACGGUGCCUUCCAGAUUCACCACAUGAUUCCUGCAUCCGAAUGCAUUCAGGUCAGCCUGAAAUGAAUUUGCCCAAGGUUGGAUUGUUAGCCCCAGAUGAGAUGAUGGAGCCUAUUGCCGAUAAUGACGUGACUCUCUAUACUACCUCUUCUACCAUUGAACGCAGUUCUAGUGAUCAUGCAUAUUCAUCUACACCACAGAAAGCAUUGACGCCUAUGACUACCAAACAAAACAGAGUUCCUUUUUCCAGAAGCUUUCCUGAAAAUGGUGAUAAUGAUAUUUCAAUAACAAAAGUGUUUGGUGAUGACUCAGUACGUGCUGUAAACCCAUCAUCUCAUACAGGGCUUUAUACUGUAUCACCUUGUCAGAGUGAUAUGACUUUUGUGGAAGCUGAUUCUAUUGCAAGCAGGCUUCGAAAUUCAAGAUAUAAAGUUGAAAAACACCGUGAAUCAGUUAAUGUGAACUCACCGAACCUUGCCCAAAAUCAAUCAGGAGAUAGUGUAGAGAAGUUGAUGUCUCAGGCAUCUGAAAAAAAAGUUCAGGAAAGAGAUCCUGCAAGAUUGACAAAAUAUCAAGAUAUUAUGGAAUAUGAGGAAUCAGAUUACAAGCAAAUUUUCCUUUCAAAUGGUUGUGAAUCUUCUGAUAGGCCAUUGUCUACCAGGAUGGGCAAGGCUUUCUCCUGUGAAAAUGGUACAACAGCUGAAUAUUCUGAGUACAAGAAGGAAGAAAAUAAGGAAUCUGAAGGAGAGAACACAGAGAAGAAUACCUUGGGGGCUAUGGAGCAAUGUGAAAGAAAUGAAGACCAUGAGUCCAAAUGUAAUCAAGAAAGCUCAGUAUUACAUGAAACUCAGCUGAAGCUACAAUCUGCAGUACCAAAUGAUGAUACAUUAUCUCCAAGUAAUAGAAUGCUACGUUCCAAGAUCAGCAAGUUGGGUGGGUCUCCAGCAAAUGUUGCAACCCAGUUGGAAAGUAUGCAAAGAGAUGUUUCUGUAUCCAAAAAUCAGCCACUAUGGAAUUCCACUAAAAUCAAGCUUAAGAUUAAAAUGCCGGAAAAGACAGUGUUUGAUUCUGUCCCAUCAACUGUUAAAUUGCUGCUUUCAACAGGUUUACUUGAAGGCCACGUUGUUCGAUAUGUAGGUCGGGGAGAUCAGGAAUUGCUCAGUGGCGUGUUAAAAGGCACGGGAGUAUUGUGCAAGUGCAAGGUGUGCAAAGGAAAAAAGGUUGUCAGUAUUUGCCAGUUUGAAGUUCAUGCUGGCAGUACGGCAAGGCAUGCUAGUGAUUUUAUAAUUCUUGAGAAUGGAAGGUCUUUGCGUGAUGUCUUUGAAGAAGCCAAGGGUGUUGCACCUGAGAACUUUCCUGAAGUUAUUCGUAAAGCUAUAGACUGCUCAUCAAAUAGAGGAUUCCAUGCUUGUCGAAAAUGUAGAGCACCUAUUGAUGAAUCAAAUAAAGGGAAAACCAAUUCGAUCUGUCGAAUCUGUGAUGAGGCUCAAGAGAAUCAGCUGAAGCUUCAAAAGGCACUAACUGUUCGUGUGAGGUCUAAUCCUAGAAUUUUGGAUCGGAAAGUGAAAGACAAACCAAACACCAGGAUGCUCAUCAAGCGCUCUCCUAGUGUUUCAGAUGUCAAAGUGCGGGAAAAAACCAGUGUUAAGGCUAGGAUGCUACAGAAAGAUAUGACUUUGCAUAAGAUAAUUUUCAAACCAAAUGGUUUGGCAGAUGGAACUAAGCUGGCUUAUUAUGUAAAAGGACAGCACAUAUUAGAUGGGUAUAAACAAGGACCUGGUAUAUGCUGCAGUUGCUGCAAUACUGUGAUUAGCUCUUCUCAGUUUGAAGCGCAUGCUGGAUUUGCUUCAAGGCGGAAUCCGUACAAUUGUAUCUAUCUUUCGGAUGGGCGUUCUCUGCAUGAAGUGGCAGUUUCUCUGACAAGCCAAAGAUGUGUUGAUGAUAAUGAAGACAAUUGUACAGAAUGUGGAGAUGGAGGGGACCUGGUCUGUUGUGAUGGCUGUCCAAGGGCCUUUCACACAGAUUGUGCACGACUACCUGGCAUUCCAGAUGGAAAUAUUUGGUAUUGCUUUUAUUGUCGAUAUCAGUCUGGAACCAUAAGAAAGUCAUCUCUGGAAAAGCCUUCCAAUCGCUGUACACGUGUUGUCAAGGCACCAGAGAAAACAAUUGGUGGUUGCGUACUAUGCAGAAUUGAAGAUUUUAAUAAAUCUGGAUUUGGGGAUCGGACAGUUAUGCUUUGUGACCAGUGUGAGAAGGAGUUUCAUGUUGGCUGUUUAAGAGACCAUGGAAUGGCUGAUUUAAAAGAAUUACCAGAGGGAGAGUGGUUCUGUACCAGUGAUUGUAAAUCGAUACACAGUGCACUAAAAAAAUUGGUUCAACAUGGACCCAAAACUAUACCUAAAGAGCUGAUUAAGAAGCAGAUCAAUAACGAUGAAGAACAGUUGGGAACUAAUAUAAGCUGGCAGCUUCUUUACGGCAAAACAGGCGACAAUGACAAGAGUGCAUUGCUUUCAGAAGCUGCCGCUAUCUUUAGUGAAUGCUUUGAUCCUAUAAUAGAUCGAGUGACAGGUCGAGACUUAAUCCCUUCAAUGGUCUACAGUCAAAGUAUAAGGGAUCAAGAAUUUGGAGGGAUGUAUUGUGCAGUUUUGACUGUAGAUUCAGUGGUGGUCUCAGCUGGAGUUUUUCGAGUUUUUGGACGUCAAGUUGCAGAGUUACCUCUUGUUGCCACUAGCCCUAAAAGUCAAGGACUGGGCUACUUUCAAACCUUAUUUUCAUGCAUUGAGAGGCUGCUUGGCUUCUUGAAUGUUGAGAACCUUGUCUUACCUGCAGCUGAAGAAGCAGAGUCUCUCUGGAUAAAUAAAUUUGGCUUCACAAAUAUGUCUGAAGAGCAGUUCCAAAUGUAUAGAAAGGACCUACAGAUCAUGUCUUUCCAAGGAAAUUCCAUGUUAGAGAAGCCACUUUCAAGCUUAAGCAGUGCUCAUGCCUGUACAAACGAUGGUCUCUAGAGAGGUCCAUCGAGCUGAAUAACAUUCUCAAUGAUAUGCAUAAUCAUCUUAUUGGUGCGGUUUACCAUUGGAUACUUUGGAUAACCAUAUGGAGUGCUGUUUUGUCCUAGAUACCAAUUUCCUGAAAAACAUGAUUUGUAUGGGGAACACCUUCGAUUUGUGCAGGGAAUUAUCUUAGUAAAGAGCAUCAAAUGGAAGAAUGGUGUCUAGUUGUGCGUGCGUGAGAAGCAGUCCACUCUUUCUGCGUUUUUGAGAACUCAAUUUUUGGAAGGAAUUUUUUUGAUUGAUGCCCUAUAGUUAGCAUUCAACCCAUGAUCUGACAAAAGAGAUUGUGUGGUAUGAUCUAAGGUAUCUGCAGGAACUGCCAGUGGACAACCUAGCCCGGGAACUAUGCUGUUUAUCUGAUGAAAUACAGAAGCUGCACAGAAAUAUUUAGGCAUUAUAUAUAUUCCCUGUAUAGGUAGUAUUCUAUGUUGGCUAUGUCAGCGUGGUUUACUCCUAAUUUGGAGAGAUUAGAAGUUUGAGUUGUUGGUAUUGUUUUGGGAAGGAAAUAUUGUUGAAGUGCCAGUCUGGCUCUCAAUCAUCCUGUAUGAGGAUUUUUUGGAACCUAGAUAUUGAUGAUAUGUGACAUAGCCCUUGGAGUAACACAAUUCAAAAGCUUUGGAGCUCUGGAUGCAUAGAUAUUGGUCAUCUUGCUUGUCAUUGCUUAUUGUGAAUCUGAGAAGUCAUUUUUGAAAGAGCUGCUUGUAAAUAUUUUAUGCUGCAAUUAUUCUAUUCAUGAUUGAACAUAUGCCUAAGGACUGUUCAAGGAUGAUAUGUGUUCUUUUUUGGAGUUUAUCAAAAAUCAAGAAAUAAAUUCAUCGACUGAUAUCAUUAA